GAAGAUUUUUACGAUUUCUCUAUGGAGCAAAAUGGCAGUUUUUUGGAACAAGAUAUUCCUUACAAUAAUAGUUUUACUGAUCGUCUUGUUUCUUGAUGCUUGCAGAGAAGUCAGGAAGUACUCGUCUGUUAAUGUGAAUGAGAAAGCUGCAAAUGUCAAUACCAAUGCCUUUGAUCAUAUUCAGAUGAAACUCUUCCGAUCGCAAAGAAACCUCUAUCUCUCAGGUUUUUGCUUAUUUCUUUGGCUUGUAUUGAGACGUACUGUUACCCUUCUUACCCAGUUGGCAAAAGGGAUGACAUCUCAUGCAGCUCUGGAAACACAAGUAAAUGAUGCUACUGAAGCAGCCAAAAAAUACAUGGCUGAGAAUGAAAAGCUGCGGGAGGUAUCUCUGAACUUUUUUAGUUAUUUUCUUAUACAGCAAGUAGUUAGUGCAAAGUACUGGUUUGCUACUAAAUAA